AUGGAAUUAUUUGAUAUUCUUAGUGAGUUCUUGGAUGACAAACCUUAUAUGACUCUGUUACUGACAGUUGAUGGUAAAGCACUUGUCAGUUAUUUAGCAGAUAUAUUUGAAAAACUCAAUGUCUUAAAUAAGGAGCUCCAAGGAACAAAUAUGACUCUUGUUAAUUCAAAGGCCAAGAUAUUUGGCUUUAUAUCAUUUCUGGAAUUAUCCCAAGAAAAUAUUUCUGUCAAAAAAUUUGAACAAUUUUAUUGGCUGAAUAAAUGUGAGGUAACAGAUGCUACUUGUCUUGUUAUUGUGGAGCACUUAAAAAUAAUGGUAAGCGAUUUCAACUUCAGAUUUUCUGAUUUGAAAGAAAUUAAUUAUCCAUCUUGGAUGACUCAGCCAUUGCUAGUGGAUCUGUCAGAUGUAACCAUGGAGUAUCAAGGAGAACUUUCAGAAUUACAAAAUGAUGACUCGAUUAAAGCCCUGUUCAAAAUAAAAGGAACAAUGAUGUGGCUCUGUGAAGAAACACAAGCUAAAUAUCCAAAUACAAGUAGUUUGGCAAGAAAACUACUGUUACCAUUCCCAUCGUCAUACUUAGUGGAAUGUGGAUUUAGUGCUGUGAAUGACUUAUUACUGAAGAAAAGAAACCGACUGGAUAUCACUAAACGAGGCGACUUGAGAUUGAAAUUAACAAAAUUUCUGCCUCGGAUAAAAUCUCUUUGCAGUAGACAUCAGGCUCAAGGGUCUCAUUAA